AUUUCAUGCUCAUACUUCCCUAGCUUUCAUCUCUUGUCUCUCUGAGCUCGUACGAAAGUCUGAUAUUGCCACUCCCUGUAUUGCUUGCUAUGGCAAACACCAUCAUCAUCACAGGAGCCAACGGCUCGCUGGCUAUCCCAACAAUCGCCCAUCUCCUCCAACGUUUGCCCGACUCGACCCUUGUGCUCACAGUCCGAGACGCCAGCGACCGCGAUGCCAACACCAAAUAUUUACGCAGCACUAUCGCGAAGCACCCAAAAGCUCAUACGUCCAUUCGGGAGCUCGACCUCUCUCGCCUCACCGCCGUACACGACUUUGCGCGCAGUAUCGUUGCAGAAAUAGCCGCAGGAACCCUCCCUCGGCUCUCUGCCAUCGUGUGCACUGUCUUUUAUUGGAAUCUAGUAGAUCCGGUCCAGUUCACUGACGAUGGCUACGAGAAAACGAUGCAGGUGAACUACUUGUCCCACGUCGCGCUGGUACUCCAGUUGAUCUCGAGCUUCCAGUCCCACGGUGGUCGAAUCGUCCUUUUCACGGGUGAUAGCCACGAGCCUGGCAAGAAUGCCCUAGAUAAGGUACCGCCCGCCAUCUCGAGUGACCCAGCCCAGCUUGACCAACUGGUUAACCCUGGCGCAGAUGCAUCAAACGAUGCUCUUGGUCAUGGCAUGUAUCGAUACGCCAACUCCAAGCUCGCACUUGUCUUGUUCACACAUGCACUCAACCGUCGCUUACAGCAGAAUACCGAGUUGAGAAAUAUUACUGCGAUAGUCAUGAAUCCUGGUAAUUUGGCCCAUUCGAGAGCUAUGCUGGUCAAUACGCCCUACAAAUUAGUCUUCCUGAGAAAAUUUGUGUUGAGACCGCUCUUACCGUUGCUCAAGAUGACGGACCCAACGGCACGCAUAGCUGCCGCAGCUGCGAUUGACGUUGCUCGCCUAGCUACUAAUGAAGCCCAUCCCGGCGAGCGUGGUUACUUUACACUUCUCAAACCAGACCAAGGCUCCGAAGCCAGCAGAGAUGAGAUGACACAAGAAGCUCUUUGGUUAAAAAAUGUGCUAUGGGUAGGCUUGACAUCAAAAGAUUUAAUUCUGGUUAGGAAAAGUGUCGCUUAG